GUGCACUGGGCGCGGCGGCGCAGCGACGGCGCGGAGGUGGCGGUGAAGCUGCAGCGGCCGCUGCUGCAGCAGCACUGCGCAGCAGACCUGCAGGGGCUGCAGAGUUUGUUUUCUUUUCUUUCUUUUUUCUUUCCCCGCUGCAAGUUCGCCUGGCUGCUCCCCGAGUUCGAACAAAACAUGCAGCAGGAGCUCAGCUUCCGCCAGGAGGGCUUCAACGCAGCCAGGGCCCGCAGGCUCUUCGCUGGCUGCGCCCAAGUCUACGUGCCCUGGGUGGACUGGACUUUGACUACGGAGAAGGUCUUGACCAUGGAGUUCGUCCGCGGCGCCAAACUCACCGACCCCCUCGCGCUGCAGCAGCACGGAGUUGCUGCUCACAGGGCCCCCGAAGUUGCUGCGCUGCUCCUCAAGGUCUUCGGCGACAUGCUCCACCUCCACGGGCUCGUCCACUGCGACCCCCACCCCGGCAACCUCCUCAUCCGCAGGGUCCCCGCCCAGCAGCAGCAGCAGCAGCAGCAGCAGCAGCAGCAGCGGAAGCGCCUGCUCCGGCUCAGCUGCGACGGCGCGCAGGGAACGCAGCUGCAGGAAGCAGCCCACAGCCAACACGCAGACCUCCAGCCGCCACACAACGCCCACGAAGACGCCGCAGACCCCGGAAACAGCAGCAGCAGCAGCAGCAGCAGCAGCAGCGGCUGCAGCGGCAACUGCAGCGGCAACUGCAGCAGCUGCAGCGAGGGGCAGCUGCAGCUGGUAGUGCUGGACCACGGCAUGUACCGCCGCCUCUCCCCAGACUUCCGAAUUGCCUUCAGCCGUUUGUGGCUGGCGCUGCUGCUGAACGACGUGGAGGAGGGCCGCAGGGCGCUGCGAGAGCUGGGCAUCGACAAGCAGCUGAAGCUGCUGCAGCAGCAGCAGCAGCAGCAGCAGCCGGGGGAAGUGCUGCAGCCGCCGCAGCAGCCAGAAUGGCACGCCGGCGGGGACCCCUCGAAGGCUGCUUCUGCGUCUGAAGAGCAGCAGCCUGCUUCUUCAGGGUGCCCGUGGCACUUCGGGAGCAGCAAAAAACCCAGCAGCAGCAGCAGCAGCAGCAGCAGCAGCGGGGAGCUGCCGUUUUGCCUGGACGAAGACACGGCGCUGGACUUGCUGUCAGUAGUGCUGACCUACCGGCCCCAAAUAAACCUCCGUACCCAACUGGGGGCCCCCCUGCACUCGCGGGACCGCGCGAAAGUGCUGGGGGCCCUGGGGGGCUCCCCAGUGGAAAGUCUUAAUGGCUUUCUGCAGCUGCUGCCGCGGGACCUUCUCUGGGUGCUGCGCAUGAGUUACCUCAUCCGCAGCAUUAACUGCGACUUGGGGGGCACUACGAAGCAGCGGCUGCUGGCCAUGGGCGAGGCUGCAUGCAGAGGCGUGCAGCUGCGGGACAGCAGCCUCAGCAGCAAGCUCGACGAGUGCCGCCGCUUCGCCGCGCAGCUCCAGCAGCCCCCCAGCAGCAGCAGCAGCAACAGCAGCAACAGCAGCAAGGCCAGUGCGCGCGGAGCCCCCAGGUGGUACGAGCUCCCAGGGGCAAACUCCCUCAACUUGCCCGUGGCCUCUGAGUUCCCGGCCUACUCCUCCUGGCGUUCUAUCUCCUCUCGGUCUCACCGCAGCAGCAGCAGCAGCAGCAGCAGCGAGAGCCUGCAGUGUGCUUCCUCGCCACAUGCAGACACGGAACUAGCGGCAAGUGAUGCUCCUGCUGCACCAACUCAGCAGCAACAGCAGCAGCAGCAGCAGCAGCAGCGGAUGAAGGACCCGCUAGAGGACUUGUACACUCAGAUGGUUCUAAUCAAUGGUGCGGAACAGCCCGACCCGCUUUCUGCCUAUAGAGGAGAACACGGGGAGCCCCCGGGGUCGCAGCAGCAGCAGCAGCUGCUGCUGCUGCAGGCCGUGCGGAGGCGAGCUGCAGAGCGCCGCGCCCAGUCCCCGUUGCUGCUGCACUCUCUGUGUGGCUCUCUCAAGCAGCAGAGCCCCAUGUGUCACCCCCUAAGCAGUGUGCAACAAGAAGACAGCAGCAGCAGCAGCAGCAGCGAUAGCUGCAGCAGCGGCAGCAGCAGCAGCAACAGCAGUGCUGCUGCCGGUGCUUCAGGCAUUUCCCGGCUGGCAGCGCUUUUUGGAGGCCCGAGAGCGCCGCGCAGACCCCCGCCGAAGGUUGAAGCAGCAGCAGCAGCAGAAACAGCUGCUGCUGCUGCUGCUGACUCGCCUGGCAGCAAAGUGUCGGCGGAGGCCCCCUGGGCCCCCCUAGGCUUUUUCGGAUCUCUGCGUCAGCUGCGGCUGCGGCUAGAGCUGUUUUGGACAGUCUCCUUGCUGCGGCUGCAGCUGUGGUUUGUAGAUUUGCUGCUGCAGCUGGCGGUGGGGUCGACAGUCACGCCGCAGUCGCAGCGCCGCUCCUAUGGCUAG